AGAAGGCAUUCCAUUCUGGCUUUCAAGAAUACAGUUCUGCAACGCGCUCGCCCUGACACCAUGUCUCUCCGACUUUCCAGUGGAUCCAGGAGGUCCUGUCCCCGUCCCACCACAGGAUCACUCAGGCUCUCUGGUGGGGGAGCCAGCUUUGGGGCUGGAAAUGCUUGUAGCAUUUCUGGGAUUGGAAGUGGCUUCUCUUGUGCCUUCGGCAGUAGCACAUCGGGAGGAAAUGCAGGGGGAGGCAAUUCCUGUGCUGGCUUUACUGUGAAUGAGGGGGGCCUCCUCUCUGGCAACGAGAAGGUGACCAUGCAGAACCUCAACGACCGCCUGGCAUCCUACCUGGAGAAUGUGCGAGCUCUGGAGGAGGCCAACGCAGACCUAGAGCAGAAGAUCAAGGGCUGGUACGAGCAAUUUGGGCCCGGCUCUUGCCGUGGUCUCGAUCACGACUACAGCAGAUAUUUCCCAAUAAUCGAUGAUCUUAAAGCUCAGAUCAUCGCUGCCACCACCAGCAAUGCUAAUGCUGUCCUGCAAAUCGAUAAUGCCAGGCUCACAGCCGAUGAUUUCAGACUCAAGUAUGAAAACGAGCUGGCUCUUCACCAGAGUGUAGAGGCCGAUGUCAAUGGAUUACGCAGAGUUUUGGAUGAAAUAACCCUGUGCAGAACGGACCUGGAGAUUCAGUACGAAACCCUGAGUGAGGAGAUGACUUACCUCAAAAAGAACCACAAGGAGGAGAUGCAAGUUCUGCAGUGCGCGGCCGGCGGCAACGUGAACGUGGAGAUGAACGCGGCCCCCGGCGUGGACCUCACCAUCCUGCUGAACAACAUGCGAGCCGAGUACGAGGCCCUCGCGGAGCAGAACCGCAGGGAUGCGGAGGCCUGGUUCAACGAAAAGAGCGCGUCUCUGCAGCAGCAGAUCUCGGAGGAUGUCGGAGCCACCACCUCCGCCCGGAACGAGCUGACCGAGAUGAAGCGCACCCUGCAGACCCUGGAAAUUGAACUGCAGUCCCUCUUAGCCACGAAACAGUCCCUGGAGUGCUCCUUGGCGGAGACCGAGAGCAACUACUGCGCGCAGCUCGCGCAGAUCCAGGCGCAGAUCGGGGCCCUGGAGGAGCAGCUGCACCAGGUCAGAACCGAGACCGAGGGCCAGAAACUCGAGUACGAGCAGCUCCUCGACAUCAAGGUCCACCUGGAAAAAGAGAUCGAGACCUACUGUCUCCUCAUAGGAGGAGAUGAUGGGGCUUGUAAGUCUGGAGGUUCCAAGUCUAAAGAUUAUGGAUCCGGAAACCUGGGCAAUCAAGUCAAAGAUGCAGCCAAAGCCAUAGUGGUUAAGAAAGUUCUGGAAGAGGUAGACCAACGCAGCAAAAUACUUACCACCAGGCUCCACUCCCUGGAAGAGAAAUCUCAAAGCAAUUAAUUUGAGGCACUACAGAGAACGUAUGCUAAAUACACUCAGAGGGAAAAAAGCAUCAUAUAUCUGUCUGGAAAAAUGAGUACAUCUAAAAAAAUGUCUGUCCCAUUGUCUUUCUGUUACUUUCUCUUUCUGAGCAGUCAAUAGCAGUAUCUCACCAUUCCUCUGGAAGAACAUCACAUACAAAUAUGAGGACUUAUUUAAUAACUCUACAGAAAUCUGUUGUCAAUUCUCUGUAUUCAAUAAACCUUCUUCCUUUAGCAACUUA